GUCACCCGGAAGUUGUAUCAAACAAUGGCACGGGGAUGUUGCCGAGUCGACUUGGUUGUGUAUCACGAGAACGCCCCUGUAUCUGUGUGACGGUCUCUUCAGCAGCACAACAAAUGCAGUGAAACUCGAGGCUCAUUUCAAGUCAAUUAUUGAUGGCAGUGAGACGACUGGUAUAAUAAUCUUCAAUAUGGGGGAUGAUGGCAUCGACUACAACAUAGUGUUUCCAGAAGCACUGAUCUCAGAGAAACACUGGCGCGGAUCAAAGGAGCCAGUCGUUAUUCUGUUAGGCUGGGCUGGAUCCAGAGACAAACAUCUGUCAAAAUACAGCUCUAUUUACAAUGAACAGGGAUGUGUGACUCUGCGCUACACAGCUCCUCUGAAGACAGUUUUCAUUUCAGAACCUCUUGGCUAUAAAGAGCUCAGAAGCAGUGCUCACAGAUUACUUGAACUCCUGUAUGACUAUGAGGUCGAGAACAACCCAAUAUUCUUCCAUGUGUUCAGCAACGGAGGCUUCAUGCUUUACCGCUACAUCGUGGAGUUAUUGCACAGUCACCCUCAGUUUAACACCCUGUGUGUGGUGGGCACAGUUGUGGACAGUGCUCCUGGCAGUCAGAAUGUUAUCGGAGCCCUCAGAGCUCUCAAAACCACUUUAGGGCCCAAAGUCAACGUCCUGCUGCAGUACCUCCUCCUCGCGCUGUUUGCCGUGGCAGUUGUGCUACUGAGGGUUGUCUUGUAUCCUGUGACCAAGUAUUUUCACAAGAACCACUACGAUGCUAUGAUGGAGCACCCGGCCCCUUGGCCUCAGAUGUACCUUUAUUCGAGAUCAGACCGGGUGAUCAGAUACAGGGAUGUGGAGAAGAUGGCUAACGUGUUGCGGGAGAAAGGGCUGACGGUCGAGAGCUUCGAUUUCAUCACCCCUGCCCACGUGAGUUUGUACAGAGACUGCCCUGAAGACUAUUCCAGCAGAUGCAGGACUUUCCUGACAGGCUGCAUGACUGCUUCAGGAGAAACCCUGGCGAAGAAACGCCUCUAAGUGCACCAGUUCUCAACCAGCCUUUAAAGCAUCAUACACACGGUACAUUUUUAUGAGCACAAACCCUUCCGUUUGUGAAAGCACUACUGUUUAAUAACUUAACUUUAAUAAUAAUAAAUGAAGGGAUUCAUUUGCACUCCAAUAUUCUGUAUUUGUCUUAUGCUGUGAAUUAAAUGGUAAAUUAGGGCUUGAUUUGUUAUAUUAUUGACAUUGUGAAUGAGUAAAUUUGUGCAUUUAAACAUCGUGCUUGAAUAAAUUUGUGUAUUUGA